CGCUGCAAGGAGGUAGUUAUUCACCCACUUCACAUAUAUCUGUGUCAGCCAGCGGAACCAUCAGACACUGAAGCCAUCUAGUAAUCGAAUAUGGAUGUUUAUCCCAUUAAAGCGAACAAAUCGACUUCCCCCAUUUCUUUUCCGCCCGAAUCCAGGUUGCGGUUGCCACAUCCGUGGAGGCACAGAUCUUUACUGGAAGUAGCGCCUAAUUACGCAACCAAUGGAUCCGAUGGAUCAAUAUUAAGUUCACUAUUGCAACAUCCGUGCGGUAGCGAGUCGGAGGCCCCAAAAGGCAAUCGACACCAAUCGGAUCGCGACGGAUCGACUUGCGGAUUUCGAGGUCAUUGUGCAGACUGGGUGGUGGGUGGCGCCUCGAGUUACCCACAGGUGGUAUAAAACACCCAACGAAGACUAACUACAGCAUCAGUUCCACAAGAGCAAUCAGAAGAAGAGGAUGCACUGUUUUACUUGGACGAUUCUGGCUGGCCUUUUGGCCCUAGCUUCAGCAGCAGGAUUGCCUCAAAGGCCAAGUAAUGGCUACCAGGAGCAAGACACGUCCAGAGCCUUCUACUCCUACGGUUAUAGUGAUGACAAUGCUGCAAGGGCUGAGUAUUCCUCCCGAGAUGGUACCUCCCGGGGAUUUUACUCCUACGUGGAUGCCGAUGGCAAACUCCAAACAGUUCGAUAUGAGGCAAACGGCAUUCAGGGUUUCAAGGCCGAAGCUAGUAACCAACCCCAAGCUCCCGUGGAUGAAGGCAAAGCUCCGUUGCCCGUGACUGAUACGGAGGAAGUGCAGCAGGCUCGGCUGUCUCAUCUGAAUGCUCUGCGGGAGGCGCGGGAGAAGGCUUUGGCUGACAGUUUGCGUGAGGAGACAGACAGAAGAUUGCAAGAUCAGAGCAGGAACAAUAACGAGGAUCAGCUGUCGGGAGAGCAGAGUUUGACCGAUGAGGAUGCGGCGAUUCUAGAGAGAGUUCGAGCUGAGCUGUCAGCAAUGUUGGCCGAUCGACAGCGAGCGCUCAAUCUUCCCAGGAAUAGGGAGGAGGAUGAACAACGUAAGGACCAGGAAAGCCGACAGGAGCAGAGACAGGAUCUCAGGCAGGAUCUGAGACAGGACCAAAGGCAAAAUCAGCGGGAGGACCGUCGACAAGAUCAACGAGAGGAUCGACGACAGGAUCAGCGGGAAGAUCGGCGACAGGAUCAGCGCGACGAUAGACGAGAGGAUCAGCGAGAAGAUCGACGACAAGAUCAGCGAGAGGAUCGACGACAAGAUUUGCGAGAGGAUAGGCGACAAGACCAGAGAGAAGAUCGUCGACAGGAUCAGCGAGACGACAGGCGACAAGAUCAGCGAGACGACGGGCGACAAGAUCAACGGGAUGACCGACGAGAAAAUCAGCGAGAGGAUCGUCGACAGGAACAGGAUCUCCGCCAAAAUCAACGUCAAGAUCAGUCCCGAACGCAAGAAUCAAACAACAACCGACAGAAUGAUCGCCAAAUUGAUCGCCAAAGCUCCCAGCUACUCCAACUGCCGAUCUCCUCCGAUCGCGAUGCCGAUGAUCUGCGCCUGCGCACUAUUUACUCCCUGGCCGAUCUCAGUUCCAGCAGUUAUCUGAAGCUCGGUGACUUGGCCAGUACCGAGAAAUUACUUGAGGAUCGUUUGGACAAUAGUGAUGUCCGUGUGCCGAUCAGUGCCUACUAUACCCUGGUUUCCCCAAACACCAAGUACAGUGUUACCACACCCACGGAGCUGAGAACCCUUCGCCCAGUGGCCCUCAGUCGCAGUUUGUUGGUAAGCAAACGCACUUGAUGGACAGAUGUUACAGAUCGUGGUGAUGGAUCAAGGCCGGCUGA